GUCCACGCAAAUCACAAACCCUAUUUCCCCAAAUUCUCUGAGAAACCCUAACCUCUCGAAUCCUCGCAUCCAUGGCUGCUCAAAACCCUAAGGUGUUCUUCGACAUGACGAUCGGAGGCCAGCCGGCCGGCCGCAUCGUGAUGGAGCUCUACGCCGACACCACCCCCCGCACCGCCGAGAACUUCCGUGCUCUCUGCACCGGCGAGAAGGGAACCGGCCGCUCCGGCAAGCCUCUCCACUACAAGGGAUCCGCCUUCCACCGUGUGAUCCCCGGGUUCAUGUGCCAGGGAGGUGACUUCACCGCCGGAAACGGCACCGGAGGCGAGUCGAUCUACGGCGCCAAGUUCGCCGACGAGAACUUCGUCAAGAAGCACACCGGCCCCGGAAUCCUCUCCAUGGCGAAUGCGGGCCCCGGGACCAACGGAUCUCAGUUCUUCAUCUGCACCGCCAAGACUGAGUGGCUCGAUGGCAAGCACGUCGUGUUCGGCCAGGUCGUUGAGGGCCUCGAUGUCGUCAAGAACAUCGAGAAGGUCGGGUCCGGCUCUGGAAGGUGCUCCAAGCCUGUUGUUGUUGCCGACUGUGGCCAGCUCUGUUAGACGACGUGUCGUUUCUGUGAUCGGCGAUCGUCGUUUCUCUGUUAUGAUGGGUCCUCUUUUCCUUCUAUGUUUAAAUUUCGAAUUUUAAAUUUCUGUUUUUCGUCGUAGAUGGGUCGCUGUCUCUAUCUCUAGUGUUUGAGUUUCUUAUGGUAUUGGGGCCUUUUGGUGGCCGUGGUUGUCGAAUUAUCAAAUGAUCUCAGACUUUUUAUA